UUAUAUGACAACAAAGCUGACAAAACAUAUGUUAACGAUGAGUUAGAUAAGAAAGCUGACAAAACAUAUGUUAACGAUGAGUUAGAUAAGAAAGCUGACAAAACAGAGCUUCAAACGUUAAAGACAGAAAUACUUCAAACACUAUAUCCUAUAGGUUCUAUUUACACGUCAAUGAACUCUACCAGACCAGAAGUAGUACUUGGUCUCGGAACUUGGACUCAAAUAGUCGACAGGUUUUUGUAUUGUGCAAACUCUUCAAAGGAAACAGGUGGAAGUAAAACGAUUUCAGGUGAAAACUUACCUGCACACAGUCACUACGUAGAUUUAAGUACAUCUGAAGCAGGUUGGCAUAAGCAUAGAUUUUGGGAUUGGUCAGCAAUGAAAAAAGGUAAAGGAUAUGAUGUUAAAGACGACGUUCAGUUUGCUAUAAAUUGUUUCUGGGGUAGCACACAGGGAGAAGGAAACCAUACACAUCGCGUUACAGGGUAUACGCAAACAACGGGACAGAGUAAAGACUACAUGCCACCUUACAUGACAGUUUACGCAUGGUAUAGAAAUGCUUAG